ACACACAGACACACAAUGGCUCUGAACGACAACUGUCAGAGCUGGACCUUUGAGCUAUAGGUCGAAGAACAAAGUGAGCGAAAGACCAAAUCCUGUCUAAGACAUCAAGAGGAGUGAGCUUCUAAGGAAGGAAAAGAGAUUUAAAGAAGAAAGAAGUAAAACAGGAGACUGUGCUUCAAAUGUAAUUUGAAUGAGAAGAGAACAAGACAGUCGUGUGAAGAGGAUGGCCCUCAAAUCUCCCCUCAGCAGGAGGGCCUUUGCCGAGCCUUGAUUCCUCCUUGUCAGGUGACCCCCUUCCCUCAAGGAGUGCAAGGGGUUAACAGGAGAGACAGUAAAGAUGACAUCCUUAAACAGUCUGGGCUUGAUAUUGGUGGAAUUUGAAUAUGAAUAUGAGGGUCGGGAUGGUCACAUGGUGUCCAUUAAACCAAAUGAGCGCUACAUUCUCCUGGCCAAAACCAAUGAUCAUUGGUGGCAAGUGUGCAAAGAUGAACGUGCCAAGCCAUUUUAUAUUCCCGCUAAAUAUGUAAAAGAGCUUCCAUCCAACAUCCCUUUACCUCUAGACUUCAGAGAGCCACCAUGCCCUGAUCUGAGGCCUGCUGUGCCUGACCUGGGAGAGGUCCACAAAUUGGAUGAGGUGGCAAUUAGACUACAUUCCAAAGGGAAUUAUCAUAAAAUGGAAAAUCGCAUGUCGACUUUUGGUGUCCCCUUGGAUUUACAAGAACCCCCUUAUUACAAGUGUGGCAGACCGUCGGACUCUCUCAUAUCCCUAAAAACAGUUUCUGCCUCAGACUCACUGCAGCAGAAGAAGAGGACAAGUCAAGCAACUAAUCUGUUUUUUGGCUCUUGUAUCGCUCCAUCUGAAACAGUGCCUGAAAUAUUCAUAGUGCCCAGCUUCAGCCCGGCUGACCCUCUCCAUAGACCUAUCCCGGUCAAACCUGUGGAGCUCCCUGUCAUCAAGAACCAGACAGAAACCAAGUCUCACAGGAAGUCACUAGAGCCAGAAUCCCCAAUUGAACCUGAAAGUGAAAGCUCCAGUUCAGAACCAUUGCCGUCACCAGACUCUGAGAAUAUUUAUGAAUCCAUAUCGGAUCUGAAUCUCGACGAAUUGAUACUGACUGACAAAUUACCUACUGGAUUACCAGACACUGAGACCAACAUAACAGGCUCACUUCCAAACAUAAAGGUUGAGAAUGAAAAUCCCAACACGGCUGUGUACGCUAACGUUACUGACCUGAAGAAGACCGGCCGUCACUCUCCGAUCUCCUCUUCCUCCACCUGCUCUUCACCUGACAUUGCCCUCAGUCCCGCCACUGACUCCGCCUCCUUGCCAAACUCAGCUGGAUGGCAGGUUCAUACUGACCACGACAGCGGCAAGGAGUUCUACUACCAUCAUACCACGGGGCAGAGCAGUUGGUCUGAUCCCCGUAGCCCCCACCCAGGAGCUGGUAUGGAGUCUGCGACCUCCCCUUUACCUGCAUUGUCCACCCCAUCCUCAGCCCACUCACAGGGCUCUGACUGGAAGCAGCUUAUGGAUGAAGCCUCUGGGAGACAUUACUACUAUAACCACACUUUGAAGCAAACCUCUUGGACUGUGCCAGAUCCACUGUCCCCUCCACCCUCCGCAAAUGGGGUGCACAAUCAUUGCAAGCAAGCAGAUGUGCCGCCACCUCUGCCAGUGGAGGACUACCCUACAAAUGAGCAUGAGGAAUCCCAUAAUCUUCCUCACCUCCCUAAGGAUCUUCAGUUAUCCCAAAUCAAACGCACCAUCAUCCCUAGGGCUGCUAUGGACACACAUAAAGAUGUCCCUGUGGGCUGGAGCCAAUCUGUAGAGGAUGGAAAGUGUGACAUCACAAGUGAAAACACACAUGGACAGGCUUCAGUCUUGCCCGUUCAGCCAACAAUGGGAAACGGAACGGACCAAGAUGCUCAACCUGUUGUGAACAACUGGAGACACACUUUGGGCCAGUUAAAUGUUUCCCAGGAAGACCUGAAAUUUUCCCCUUCUCACAGGAGGAUCGCCAGUGAUGCCUCCAGUUCAGGGAAUUCACCAGAAACACAUCAUUACUCAUCAUUAGAGAAAGCUGGCAUCCUCAACAAGACCAAAGUUGCAGAGAAUGGAAAGAGGCUGAGGAAGAACUGGGCACAGUCGUGGACUGUUCUCCAUGAUGGCAUAUUGACUUUCCACAAGGACCCUAAAUCUACACCUGCUGGGAUGUCGACCAAGUCCAAUCAGAUCGUCCCAGAGUUCACAGUGGAACUGAAGGGAGCGACUCUAUCAUGGGCAUCCAAAGAAAAGUCCAGCAAGAAGAACGUUCUAGAGCUGAAGACACGUCACGGUUCAGAGUAUCUUAUACAGUAUGACACAGACAGCAUCAUCCACGAAUGGCAGAAAAUCAUCCUGGGCACCAUCAAACUGCUGCAGGACCACGGCCAUAACUCAGAGGAUGAGGUAGAAGACAUUCCAGAAAAAUCUCCAUUGCCUGCAGACAAAGAGAGGAAGACUGACUCAACAAGGUUGAGUACGUCAAGCAACAUAGAUACAGAACAGGGACGUGUUCGCAACAAAUUACGGAAGUUCCUCCAGAGGAGGCCCACCCUACAGUCAGUCAAAGAGAAAGGCUACAUCAAAGAGAAUGUUUUUGGCUGCCACCUAGACACUCUGUGCCAUCGGGAGAAUGUGAACGUGCCCAAGUUUGUGGAAAAAUGCAUCAGAUCUGUGGAGACAAGGGGUCUUAAAAUAGAUGGAAUUUACAGAGUCAGUGGGAACCUGGCUGUUAUUCAAAAGCUUCGAUAUAAAGCUGAUCAUGAAGAGGAUUUGGAUCUGGAGGACGGGAAGUGGGAGGAGAUCCAUGUGAUCACAGGAGCUCUGAAGCUCUUCCUGCGUGAACUUCCGGAGCCUCUGUUCCCCUUCAGCUUCUUUGAUGGGUUCAUUGCUGCCAUUAAAAUGAGUGACUACAACCAGAAAGUGUCAUAUAUGCGGGAUCUUGUAAGAAACCUGCCUUUGCCCAACCAUGACACUAUGGAGGUUCUCUUCAAACAUCUCCUAAAGGUUGUUGAGCAUGGUGAGUCGAACCGCAUGUCUGUCCAAAGUAUGGCCAUCGUUUUUGGCCCAACAUUGCUGAGACCCCAGGAAGAGUCUAACAUCACCAUCCACACGAUCUUUCAGAACCAAAUCGUGGAGCUCAUUCUCAACGAAUUCAAUGAGGUCUUCAAAACCAAAUGAAAUCAUCCAACUUAAAGGGAUAGUUCACACAAAAAUGAAAAUUCUCUCAUUGUUUACUCACCCUCAUGCCAUCCCAGAUGUGUUUGACAUUCUUUCUUCUUCUGAACACAAAA